AUGGGGAGGCUUUUUAUAUUGAAUGAACGUGUUGGCAGCUGGGUAAGGUCCACUGAACCUGAGCAUUGGGCAAACUCCAAGUUCCCAAGAAUGCGAUACGAUCAAAUGUCGUUUAACAUUGCAGAGACAUUCAAUGGAUGGGUGUUAGACAUUCGUGAUCAGCCUAUAAUGACCAUGCUGAACACAUUUCGGUUGAAAUUGAUGGAACUCCUUUGGAGGAGACAUUGUGAAUCCCAGGACUGCACAACACCGGUAGGGAAAAGGAUCGAAGAGAAGUUGCAUGUGACAAUUCACAAUAGCAUCCAGUUCCAGGUUGUUUGUGCGUCUGUUCAUGAGUUUGAGGUCACAAAAGGGGGAAAGGCAGUAUACCGUCCAGUUGGACCAACAGAUGUGCCAGUGCAAGGAGUGGCAAAUGAGUGGCCUCCCAUGUGCACAUGCAUGUGCGGCCAUAUCGUACACGAGUGGAAUGUGUAUGAAUUUGUUGACCUGUACUACACGAUUGAAAAACAUAGGGUCAUAUACUCUCAGCCAAUACACCCUAUGUUGCCUGAUGAGUUGCAUCCAAYAGCCAUGUCAUCGACCGCGAGUGCAGACAUCGAUUCUUCAUCAUCUACUACACUACGCCCACCAAAGACAAAACAACCACUUGGUCGACUCUGGACUAAACGAAUUGAGUCCCAACCUAUUAAGAAAAGGGAGGUUCAUUGCGGAUGGUGUGGUAACACAGGAGAUUAUAGGAGCACGUGCAAAGCACCCAUUGAGUAG